GAGCGAGGGAGUACACUAAGAAGAAACAGAACAUGCCCUGACUCAGGUUUCAGAGUGGAAAAGGGGAGAAAAUAAAGGAGACUGGACGGGCGCCUUUCUGUGGGGACACUGAACUUUUUUAUGGAGCCAGUCAGACUGGAGAAUGAAGAUCUGUGCAGGGUUAACAGUUUUCCUGACUAGUGUUUUCUUCAGAGAUAUUUGUGCAGCCAUUAAUGCCACGGUCACUCCAUCUCCAUUCCUGGUGGCAGUUGAGGGUGAGAACGUCACUCUAUCAUGUCAGGUGAACCAGUGGCACAAAUCAGACACUGCUCUUGUGCUACGCUGGAUUUUCCAUCCCACGUCUGGAGGAGACGAGCAGCUCCUUGCCAAAGUGAACAUGAGGAGGGCCAAAUUCUAUGGAAACUACAGCAAGAGCUUCCCCAAACCCAAGAUUAAGUUAAUAGUAGUGAAGCAGGGCAAGAUCUACAACCUCUUGAUCAUCAACAUUACCAGAGAUGACAGAGGCUUGUACAGCUGCAAAGUGCAGGAGUUUAAGAAGCAUCAGGACAGAUGGAAAUCGUCUGCCAACUCCACAGCAGCGACAGAACUUAAAGUGCACUUCCUUCCAUCCACCAAUGCCAAGGACGGGCUUUGGAGCCUGUUUGAAGAUGUGUAUCUGUGUGCGGUGCUGAUAUGUUGUGUAGGGCUCUUGUGCAUGUGUAUGUUUACUGUGGCAGUAGGCUGCCAGUAUCUGCAAAAGAAGAGGCAUUUAAAAGAAAAUUAUCAUUUGGUGAAGAGUCCCCAAAACAGUUCUGGAGAAACAGUCACAAGUGUAGUUAGUCUAUCUCCAGCUCUUCCCAAGAAGCAAAAGAAUUACAAGAUGAAGAAAAAAGCAGAAAAAGUGGAGGAGCCACCAGAGAUCCCAGCUAAAGCACCCAUUGCUGACAGACUGAGAAAGCCAAAACUUUUAAAACCUCAACCAAGAAAGAUCAUUUUGCCAAAGAUUGCAGAGGAGAGUUUAACUUACGCAGAACUUGAACUGGUGAAACCUCUCCCAGAUGCCAAAACUUCAAAGACAGGAACUGUGUACGCCCAAAUUCUUUUUGAAGACAAAAUGGUGUAGGACAAAAUCGUUUUGCUUUAUCAUUGAUUAUUUAUAAUGCUCAAUAUUAUUGACAAUGUCUAGUAAACUUUUGUCACCAGAUUUGUAACAUAGUGUUGAAUUGUAAUUCUUUGUUCAUGUUGUGUUUUAUUAUUUUUAUUAUUGAAAAACUCAAACACUCUGCAUAUAGACUGCUACACGAGACGCCGGGCCGACUGACGGCUCAGAUAGUGGUAAAGAACAUUCCACUGUGUUUUGUCUGACACAUCUCAUAGCUGUAUAAACAGCCAUUUUUAACCAUCGACUCCCCUGUAACUACUCCUGUUAUCAGAGGUCCCCUUUCAUUUGCGUGCCAAGAUCAACUCCCUGCUCGGCAAUGCACGAAUUAGUGAUCCAAGGUAGAGCUUGAUUGCUAGUUAGAGCUGGAGAUCCAGACGUGAGCAAAAUACUGAAAAAAUCAUGUUUGCUUUAAUCACUGUAUAUGACGUUAUGUUUAUCUCUUUAGUGCAUGCUAAGCUAAUGUAUGAGCAAAAUACUGACUGAAAUGAUAAUGAGAACCUUCAUAUCUGUAUCCACCAAUGUUUAGAGAUCAGAAUCAAAAUAUCUGUAAUUGCCAUUCAACGUACAUCAACAUUAUUGAAUUCCUAAUAAAACCUGUAUAUAUGUAUAUACUGUACACACACACACACACAUACACACACACACACACACACACCAAGAAGCCAAUUUAUAUGGUAGUAAAUAGGUGGAGCUGGCAAUCUUGAAAAUCUGUGUAUGUGCAACAGCAUAACACAACACAUGCACAGUUGUAACCUAUGACAAUAUAAAACAGUACACUCUCAAAAAAAAAAAAAAAAAAAAAAAAAAAGAGAAAGAAAAUGGUACUUUUCUUGCCAUUGGUGUGAUACCAUUUUCUUUUGUACCUGGAAAUGUGGAUAUAAUCCGGGUUUAAAAAGAUGUAAGGUACAUAACUGAAUUGUAAUUGCCUUUUACAGUAAAGUUUUAAGGUGCACUACAUGUAUAUUUUUAGGUAAAAGUACACAGUAAAGGUACAAAAGGUGUACACUUGAGGGUAUCACCCCAACAAAAAGGAAAGGUACCGUUUGUUCUGAGUGUGUACAGUAUUGUAGCAUAGUACUGUAAUACAACUUCAUGAUUUUGAUGAGUGUGAAUAGAAGAGAUUUGACCUAUUGCACAGUGUAAUAAUAAAAAUAAAAUAAAAAAUAUCACACAAUAAACCACAAUAAGAACAUUUGCAUAAAUAUCUAUUAUAACUGUUCAUUAUAGACAGAUGGAAGUGGACAACCACUAUUCCUGAGCAGCUUAACUGGAACUCAUCUGCAUCUUUUCCCAUAUUUUAUUGUUUUUAUUCACUAUGUUUUAUUAAUCCAUUGGCCUCCUCUCUGGAAAAACUUCACGUUCCAAACAAACAGAAACCAACAUGGAAACACUCAUGUUGCAAAGAAUUAUGGGAUGUCAUUAACCUCUUCCAUUUAGAAAAGGGUACUGACAUUAUAACAAACCUUCAUCUGGGAACGUUAUUUAACUGUGAAAAUGAAACACUCCUCCAAUCCUUACUGAGCAUAAUGGCAGGUCACUGCGUGCACUACUAAUAAGUACCAGCUGUGAAUUCGGCACAACAAGGCCAUCCUAAGCUCACGCAAACAGCACACGCUGCAUCGAUUUCUCUCUUUCCAGCCACACACUUACAUCAGCAUACUGCUAAAGUUUCAUAAAAGAUUAAGAGAUUGUGCAAUUUGUGUAAACAUGUUGACAUGGUAACCAGGUAAACUUGAUUAAUGUAUACCUUAUAUGUGUCCUGUAUGUAUUGUUUCUUAUUUGUAUUGUUUUUUAUAAAGUAUAAAAAAGUCAAAUGGCCGUGUUUGAUUCAUUGCCAAAUGACAAUAAAUGCAGAAAAUUA